AUGAAAUCAUCGACAUAUUUUACGCCAGCUCCAAUAACAACGGAUGAAAUAGCUGGUGCUGAAAAAAUUCGGGAAAUUAUUGACGAUAUUCCGGAUUUAUUUAAUACAACGUUUUAUUUGGCACGUUGGUGGCGUGCUUACAAUGGUGAUUUGGAGCGUAUUAAACGGAAUAUGAAAGAUUUAUUUGAUCAUCGACGAGCACUUGGAUAUGAUCGUAUUGAAACACAUUUACUACAAACAAAAUUAGAAAUUACCAAAAAAACAUUUGAACGUUUUUGCAUCUCAAAAAUUGCAUUAUACAGAAAGAUGAACAAUGUUUGUGUAUUUUUUCAACGAAUGGUUACAAAUGAUAUUGAUGAGAUAACUCGAGUGGUACCAUUCAGUUACGUUCUUCAUUCAUAUUUUAUAAUGCAAGAAGCAUUUACUCGUGCUCAAUUAGAGGUGGAAAAAGCAACAGGUAAACCAGCAGCUGUUGUUAGCAUUCUUGACCUUUCGGAGAUAAAUACAGCAGCUUUAUUGAAUCCGUUGAGUGUUUCGGCGCAAUUUGUACGAUUAAUUGUAAAAAUAUGGGCUGAUUAUUUCGUUGAAGCGCAAGCAAAGUUAUUUCUGAUAAAUUCACCAGCAUUAUUGAGCAUAAUGGGACAAAUUGUUAAACUUUUAAUGGAUAAAGCAACACAAUCACGACUUCAAUUCCUUUAUCAACCAACUGAUUUAAUUAAACAUUUAAAUCCUUAUUUGGUACCAGAAAUAUACGGCGGAGAAUGGCGUGAUGAUAGUGGAUAUGCAGAAAAACCGGAAUUAGUAUGUCAAAAACCGAUUAAAAUAGAACCGGAACACUAUUAUAAUUGUGAUUCACUUUGGCAAAAAUAUGGUUUUCCAAAAGUUCCAGCAAAAUGUUCGGAAACAAUCAAACGAAAACAAACAUUUGAAGUUCAAAAAAUUUCCACAACUGAAUCACAAAUACUACUAUGGCAUUUUACGGUAAGCAGUGAUAUUGAAUUCUCGAUAUUAAUGAAAACCGAAAAAGAUGAUGAACAAAUUGUAUGGCCUAAAAUAACAUUAACAAGUUUACGAACACCUGAACAAGGUUCAAUUAUUUGUAAGCGUAACUGCAUUUAUACGUUACGUUUUACAAAUCCAAGUCGAUUUAUAAUACCGAUUAAAUUACAAUAUGUUAUUAAAUUGUGUUCUAAUAUAUAA